GCAUAAUGGGUUAGUUACAGUCUAGAACAGUCAACGGAACGGUCGCAAAAUGUGCUGCGAUUGCUGUGGAGUGACCCAGCAGAAGGUCUGGGUCUUUGGCAUUGGUACGAUUUUCGCAAUAUCCGGACUUUUGUUCGUCAUCUGGUGGCCCGGUUUCAUAGACAACAUGAUAAUGGAGAGUUUGCCGUUGACGCCCACUUCGAAAACCUAUGACAAAUGGAUUGAGCUGCCAAUACCCGUGUAUAUGCGAAUGUAUCUCUGGAACUGGACAAAUGCCGAAGAUGUCAAACUGAAUGGUGCUAAACCCAAUUUCAAGCAGUGUGGACCCUAUGUUUACAGAGAGGCACGUACGAAAAUGGAUCUGGAGUUUAAUGAGAAUAAAACUGUGACUUUUAAGCAACGUCGCAUUUGGUACUGGGAGGAAGAACUCUCGGGUGGCAAGCAAGACGAUAUGCUUACGCUGCCACAUCUGCCCUCGAUUGCUGCCUCAAUUAGUAUGCGCAACAGUCCCAAGUUGAUCAAGAUGUUUUUCAACACAGCUCUGAACGAAAAUGGCGGUGCACUCUAUGUUACACACACGGCCAAUGAAUGGCUUUUCGAGGGCUUCUACGAUGAGUUUCUGCACUAUGCCAUGUCCCUGAAUAAUCCGCUUGCACCGCCCAUUGAAACGGACCAAUUCGCUUGGUUUCUCAAUCGCAAUGAAUCGAAGGAAUUUGAAGGUGUAUUUACCAUACAUUCGGGGGUGGGAGAUCUUAAGGAAAUGGGUGAAAUUAAGUUCUGGAAUGGUAAAAAUCAUACGGGCUUUUAUGAUGGCGAAUGUGGCCGCCUUAAUGGCAGCACCUCGGAUCUGUUUGUACCGAAUGAGCCGAAGGAGAAGCCGUUGACCAUUUAUAUCACCGACACCUGUCGCAUUAUCAAUUUGGAAUUUUCGGGCCAAAGCUAUGAGAUUGAGGGCAUACAGGGCUGGAAAUAUGAGAUUACACCGCAUACCUUUGACAAUGGGCAGCGCAACGGGGACAUGAAGUGUUAUUGCUCUGCGGAGAAACAGGCGGCCAACAAUUGCCCCGCCUCGGGUGCCACAGAUCUCGGUCCUUGUGCCGAUGAUGUGCCAAUGUUUUUGUCGGCGGACCAUUUCAUGUAUGCUGAUGAGAGUUAUGCCAACACAAUCACUGGCACCGAGCCCAACUAUGAACGUGACAAUUUCUUCAUCAUCAUGGAACGGAAAUUGGGCGUGCCGCUGCAAGUGAAUGCUGCCGUUAUGAUCUCAUUGUUCAUUGAGGAGGACACGGACAUUGACAUUCUGAAAGGACUGCCCAGUUUUUAUGCUCCGCUUUUCUCGUCCACAAGUCAAGCUGUCAUCAACAAGGAGCUGGCCUCCGAGUUGAAGCUUGCACUGAAUCUGCCUGCAAUUGGACGUUGGACUGGAGUGGGAUUCCUUUGCGUCGGCUGCAUCCUCCUCAUUGUGGGCAUUGUGCUAACAAUCAAGCGCAAAUGGCGUGGCCAGGCGGCAGCUGAUAGAGCGGCGCUUAUCAACAAGGACUUGGGUUCGACAAGCAACACUCCAGAUUAUCGCCAUUGUGCUGGCAAAAUGUGUUGUAAUUGCUGCAGUGUGCGCCAACAAAAAAUCUGGGUCUUUGGCCUAGCCGGUCUAUUGUUAACACUCGGCAUAGUGCUGCUCUCCGCCUGGCCGACCAUCUUUCGGCAAUGGAUGCAGAGUAUUUUGCCACUGGCACCCAAUUCUUUUAUGUACAAAAAAUGGAUAACCACACCAACGCCAAUCUACACUAGUUUCUAUUUGUUUAACUGGACAAAUCCGGAGGAUUUGAACAAUCCGAAUGUGAAACCAAAUUUCGAACAAAUUGGACCAUAUACGUUCAGUGAUUAUAAAGUGAAAGAGGAUUUGGUGUGGCAGCGACCAAAUGUUACCUAUUAUGGUACGCGAACAUUUCACUUUUUGCCCGAGCUGUCGCAGGGUAAAUUAGACGAUGUCAUCAUUACGCCAGCUUUUGCCACGCUGACCGCCGCUCGUUAUGUGCGCCAAUAUCGUCGACCGUUUCGUAAGAUUAUUAAUUUUAUGCUAAAUCGCGAGGGAGGCAGCACUUAUAUGAAGCACACGGCCGGCGAAUGGAUGUUCGAUGGCUUCUACGAUACGCUGUUUGAGUUUGCGCACAAAUUGCAUUCACCUUUGAUACCGCUGCCGAGCGAUCACUUUGGCUGGUUCUAUCAGCGCAACAACUCGAAGACCGCUGAGGGUAAUUUCACAAUACACACAGGACACGGAGAUCUGCAUCAGAUGGGCGAGCUGCAGAUGUGGAAUGGCAGCGCACACACUGGUUACUACAGCGGCGAGUGUGGCAGAGUCAAUGGCAGCACGGGCGAGUUGUGGGCACAACAGCGGCGAUAUGAUGAAACGAUUUCCAUAUUUCUGUCCGAUGCAUCACGUUUUAUCAAUAUGUUCACCGUGUCGAAUGUGACGAUGCAUGGCAUCGAUGCCUGGCGGUAUGAGACGACCGAGCUAAGCUUUGACAACGGUCAACUGAGUCCAGAUACCAAAUGUUUUUGUGUCGCCAAUCGUCCGUGUCCUCAGAAUGGUGUACUCGAUUUUUCGCCAGCUGCCUAUCAUGGUCCCAUUUACAUGUCACAUCCGCAUUUCUACAUGACCGACGCAUCCUAUAGAGAGAAUACAACUGGCCUGCGGCCGGAUGCCGUCGAGCAUGGCAUGCAUGUGAUAAUGGAACCAACUCUCGCCGUGCCCAUGAGUCUCAAAGGACAAGUUAUGCUCAGUGUGCUGGUUAGUCGAGACGAGGAAAUCGACUUACUUAAGCAUGUUGCUUUCGAUCAUUAUGCUCCACUUUUUGUAAUACAAAUCAAAGCCGAGUUGGAUGAUAGUUUGCUCAGUUUGCUAAAGCUCGCAUUGAAUGCGGCGCGAAUUGGGCAAUUUGUUGGUCUUGGUUUGCUUUUAAUUGCCCUCGCAAUGCUAAUUGUGGGCGUGAUCGUGACCAAGAAACAUAAAUGGCAUAAUGAAUGGCAAAUGACAACAAGCGAUAAAGUGAGUGUAUUGCCAGAAGUGAGAGAGAAUAGUAAUACCCCCAGCAAUCAAUGAUUGGACGUCAAGUGUUGUGCCAUUGAUAACGUAAAUGUUAUUGUUAUAUUUUUGGAUGUUUAGUUUAUCUGAAGUGCGCGGCCAUAAAGUAGCAAAUUCCUUUGACACCGUGACGCAAAGUACAGAAAUUUGUUGUUGUGUGGUUUUGGCGUGCUGCUGCUAUUUGCUGUUGGCUGGAUUAUCCAAUUUGGGCUGCAGGUGUUGCGGUUUGCCCGCAGCUGCGCUCUCGUCUAGAAUUACACAAAAUUAUGGCCUCUCAGAUAUGCUAAAUUUAUUAAUAUGUUAAUAAUUGUUAUUGUUCCUUUUUUGCUCUUUUGUUGUGCCUGUUUGUGUGUGCAACACAACAACAACAUCAACAACAACAAAAACCUUGAGCACGUAAGCUGCAUACUUUACGGCGUACGAACUCUUUCACCUACACACACACACACACACACUCACCCAGCUAACCAAAUUGCUAACUGGAAAUUUGAAAAAUGCCAACAGAAUAUUAUAAGCGGCUAAUUUAUAUGCGACUGGCACGCAAACUUACGUUUUGCACACACAUUGUUGUCGAAGAACCGCAGCAGCAGCAGCAGCAGCAGCAGCAGGACCUUUGCUGUGCCAGCCGGGAAGGACGCGCAGGAUGUGGGUGGACGAUGGGGACCCACAAAAGUUAAACAAUGUAUGAAAAUAUGAAAAUUAUAUGCCAGCAAGUAUGUGUUGGCAAUAACUUUAAUAAAUACACAUAAGUUAUGAUUAAGCGUCAACCAAGCAGCUCGCAUUUCGCUCUCAAUAUAUUUCAAGCUACUUUUGACAAGGACUUAAGGUCUCACAAUAAAUAUAAGUUUAUUGCAACUUGCAAAUAGAGAAG